UAGUACUGUACAGCCGUUUACAUAACAAAAAUGGCUGCGCCCUUGCGAAGGACUACCAUUGGAUUAAAAAACGGUUUUGCCAAGAAUCUGUUAAAAAGUAACAAUGAAUCGCGAUCACCUGCAUUCAGUUGUAAAAAUAUCCUAACGAGAAACUUUUCAAAUAAAUUCAAUUCUUGUCGUUUUGCAAGUUUGAAGAAAAACUGGAAAAUUGGUGCUUGCAUGACAGCCGCAACAUCAGUUUUCGCGACCAGCUAUUUUAGAUCUCGUAGAAGUUUUGCAGAUGUUGAACCAAGACCAAUAUCAAGACAUGUUCCAGGAGUUGUUGAUAUUGGGAAUCAAAAGUUCACUUUGUACCAAUUCCAGUCCUGUCCAUACUGCUGUAAGGCAAGAGCCGCGCUAGAUUAUUUUGGAUUUACUUACGAUGUGGUUGAAGUGAAUUCAAUUACUAAGUCCCAGAUGAAGUUCUCAGAAUAUAAGAAAGUUCCUGUUCUAGUGGUUGAUGGACAGAUUGGCGAUAAAGAUUUUACAUUGCAAUUUAAUGACUCCUCUACAAUAGUCAGUGUUCUCGCAAGUUACGUGUAUGACCAGAAUACACCCCUGUAUAAACUUCAUCAAUGUUACCCGGGAAUCAAAGAGAAAGAGGGCAGGAAAACUGUCUGGGAUUUCCCUAACAAGUAUUUUAUCAUGUAUGGUGAAAAUAUAGCAGAUUCACGCACUGAAACCCAGAGAAGAAAUGACAAGAAUAAUAAUAAUGAUGAUGAAGCUAUAGCAAGGGAAAGGGAUGAAAGGAAAUGGCGGAGGUGGACAGACGAUAUUCUGAUGCACACAAUUUCACCAAACGUUUAUCGCACUCUGCCAGAGUCACUAGAAGCUUUCCAUCAUUUCUCUGAAUGGGGCGAGUGGGACAAAAACUUCUCAACCGGGACAAGACUGGGAAUAGUCUAUGUAGGGGCAUUUGUGAUGUACUUCAUCGGAAAAUUGGUAAAAAGAAGACAUGACAUAAAAGACAAUCCACGGGAAUCUCUGUAUGAUGCGUGUGAUGAAUGGAUGAAAGCUGUGGGGAAAAAACAAUUCUAUGGUGGUGAUAAACCAAAUCUUGCUGAUCUUUCAGUUUACGGUGCUCUGCAUUCAUUUGAAGGAUGUCUCGCUCACAAAGAUCUUAUGGAAUUUCACCGUAUAGAAAAGUGGUACAAGCGUAUGGAGCAACAAAUAAAUGGACACGAAGGGGCGCAUCUUUUGAAAGUAGCCCCCAGUAAACAUCCAAACUUACAACUAUAGUGAAAAUAAAUUU